AUGUCAGAGGGUCUUGAGUUUUGCGGAACAAUGCAUGGUCACACUGACAUGGUGACAGCCAUCGCUACUCCAAUGGACAUCAAUAACUCAGAGAUAAUAGUAACAUCAUCACGAGACAAAUCGAUUAUCAUGUGGGAUCUUACCAAUAAGGACGACGACGACUACGGUGUCCCCUGUCUCCGGCUCACCGGCCAUUCUCGCUCCGUUCAGGAUGUCACCCUUUCCUCCGACGCACAAUACGCUCUUUCCAGCUCCUGUGACGGAGAACUCCGCCUUUGGGACCUCGCCGACGGCACCUCCCUCCGCCGCUUCAUCGGCCACAAAAAGGGAGUGCUUUCCGUUGCGUUCUCAAUGGAUUACAACCGUCAGAUCGCGUCGGCAUCUCGCGACCGCACGAUCAAGCUCUGGAACAUUCAAGGCGAGUGCAAGUACACCGUUGAAGAGAGAGAAGAAGACGGAGACGAAGAGGAAGAAGGAGACGGAGAGGGAGAUAGCCACUCCGAUUGGGUGAUCUGCGUCCGGUUCGGGCAUGAGAGUCUUGUUUCUUGUUCAAGGUAUGGUACCGUUAAAGUUUGGGAUUUGAAGUUUAAUAAUCUUGAGCUGAGGCACACCCUUGAUGGCCACACUGGCUAUGUUAACUGCAUUGGUGUUUCACCUGAUGGGUCUGUUUGCGCUAGUGGUGGGGAUGGUGGUGUUAUUCCGAUAUGGGACUUGGCUGAGGGAAAGAGGCUUUUCUCUUUUGAUGUUGAAUCCAACGUUCAUGCACUCUGCUUCUGUCCCACUAGGUAUUGGCUCUGUGCUGCCACUGACCACAGCAUCAGAAUAUGGGAUUUGAAGAGUAAGGAUAUUCGUCAGGAUUUGAAGGUUCCCAUCGACAUUAAUGAGGAGGAGAAUGAUGAUGAGUCUAUCUACUGUACAAGCUUGAGUUGGAGUGCAGAUGGAAACACUUUGUUCGGUGGCUAUUCUGAUGGUGUUGUCAGAGUUUGGGCAAUUCCAACAUACUUGGAAAGUGACAAAUCUUCGAUUUUGGAUAAGGUUGAAGUUGCGAGGAAACAUUUUGGGAAGGUGAACACGAUAGUGAUGAACGCGAUCAUGGAUGCUUGUGUUCAUUGCGUUGACCUUGAUUCAACUCUGAAGAUAUUCCAUGAGAUGAAAAACCCCACGGGUUGUGGUGUGGAUACUGUCAUAUAUGCUACGCACUUGAAGGGAUUCGGAUGUGAGGCAAGAAGAAUCAAUGAAGCUUUUCAAUUGCUUGAAUUUGUGGAAAAUGGUACUGCCAUGGGAAGUCCAAAGUUGUCAGCUUAUAGUUUGUUAAAUCAAUCAACGAAAAGAGCUAGUUCCAACAUCCAGACAUCAUCACCCAAGCAGGAAAAUAAUUCCAUGGUUUCCCCAAAAGCAAUGCUUAAGGAAAUGUCACAGAGGCCCUCUGAUACUAAGCUUGAGAGUCCAACCAAAAAGCUUAAGCAUGACAAUCUGAGCAACACCAAGUACCUUGCUGGGGACUUUUAUAGCCUUGCUGAUCUUAGCCAUAUUGAAACUCACUAUUUUAUGCAGACCCCUUGUGCUUCAAUGAUCAAUGAUCAUCCCCAUCUUAAGGCUUGGUGGAUGGAUAUCUCUUCUAGGCCUGCUUUCAUCAAGGUUGUGGGAGGUAUGACUCUUCACCAGAAAACUCUUCACAUUUCUAUUUUCUAUUUUAUCUCAUUAAAAUUUAACCCAACAUUCUGUCCCAGUAGGUAUUGGCUCUGUGCUGCCACUGACCACAGCAUCAGAAUAUGGGAUUUGAAGAGUAAGGAUAUUCUUCAGGAUUUGAAGGUUCCCAUCGACAUUAAUGAGGAGGAGAAUGAUGACGAGUCUAUCCACUGUACAAGCUUGAGUUGGAGUGCAGAUGGGAACACUUUGUUCGGUGGCUAUUCUGAUGGUGUUGUCAGAGUUUGGGCAAUUCCAACAUUUGUAAAGCGUGUGGUUUUUUGA